AUAAAAUAGGUGCUUAUGCUUAAAAGCUGUAUUUUAUGGUAGUUGUCGAGAUUUAUCUUUCAGACUGUCAUGUCCCCUAAUGUUUUCCGAAUUCAGUUGCAAAACCAGACGGACAGCAUGUUACAGGCAUUGACUUCACAUACCCCACCCAGGUGGUCAUACAGCUCCUUUCUCCACCCAGAAUGCAGUAUAAGGUUGGAUAUCUUCAGGGAGAAUAAGUUAAUCAAUGUAAUGAAGACAAUUCUGGAUAAGUAUGAUUAUAAUCAUGUUUUCAUAGACAGUACUUAAUGCCCGACUUGAUGUUUACGAAAAUCUUCUGAUACUUAUAUACAAAUCUUAUUUUUUGCGCAGAGC